AUGUCAGCAUUUGAUCAAUGGGCCCAAAAGUUGGAUAACCCAACUUUGAGUGUGCUGCCACACGACUAUCUACGCCCUCAAGAAGAGCCUCUCGUACAACAAGCAGAGUACAGUGUACAGAUACCACAGCUGGGACUUCCUCACGGCAAAGACACAUAUACAACUCUCUUGGCGGUAUGGUCUGCGCUUGUCUACAGAUUGACUGGUGACGACGAUAUCGUUCUUUUCGCAAGCAAGAACACCGUCAUUAGAUUCACCAUUCAGCCUACAUGGUCGUUUGGGGAGCUUUUCACUACAGUUGAGCGCGAACUCAACAGCUCAGUAGCGCUCUCAGAGGUUAAUUUCGAUGACUUAUCUGAAUUCAUUAAAGAAAAACAGGGACGCGAGGUUGCUCCUCAGCUAUUUCGCCUCGGAUGUGUGCACAACUCUCCUGUGGAUUUGGCAAACCAAUACAAGACUCAAGUAUUCGACCUAGUGCUAAAUUUGGAAGGUGCUUCUACCGUGCACAUUGAGUAUAACUGCUUGUUGUAUUCGGAACAGCGCAUUUCUAUCCUUGGUGACCAAUUGACCCAAUACGUGAGUAAGAUAAUCAACGAUGACUCGCUGUGUAUAACUAAGAUAUCUCUCGUGACCAAAGACAGCGAAGCUCAACUCCCAGAUCCCAAGAAGAACUUAGGUUGGGUAGAUUUUGCUGGUUGUAUUCAUGAUAUCUUCCAAGACAAUGCUGAAAAGUUUCCUGAGAGAACUUGUGUGGUUGAAACACCUGGUAACUCAGGCGGUGAGUCUCGGAUUUUCACUUACAGAGAUAUCAAUCGCGCAUCCAACAUCGUAGCCCAUUACCUGAUCAACACUGGUAUUAAAAGAGGUGACGUAGUCAUGAUCUAUUCUUCCAGAGGUGUUGACUUGAUGGUGUGUGUGAUGGGUGUAUUGAAAGCUGGCGCAACAUUUUCGGUAAUAGAUCCAGCGUAUCCUCCAGCUAGACAAACUGUUUAUCUUGGUGUUGCGAAACCAAGGGGUUUGAUCGUGAUUAGAGCAGCUGGCCAAUUGGAUCAAUACGUUGAAGACUACAUUUCUAAUGAACUAGAUGUAGUGUCACGCAUUCCUUCUAUCGCGAUCCAGAGCGAUGGUUCCAUUCAGGGUGGAUGCACUGAAAACCAAUCAGAAGAUUGUUUACAACCAUAUCAACACUUAAGGGACACGAGAUCCGGCGUUGUAGUUGGUCCAGACAGUAAUCCAACCUUAUCUUUCACUUCAGGUUCAGAAGGUAUUCCUAAGGGUGUUUUGGGAAGACACUUUUCCCUCGCCUACUACUUCAACUGGAUGUCAAAGCAAUUCAACUUGUCCGAAAACGAUAAAUUUACGAUGCUUUCAGGUAUCGCACACGACCCAAUCCAAAGAGAUAUGUUUACUCCUUUGUUUUUAGGAGCGCAGCUAUUAGUGCCUACACAAGAUGAUAUUGGUACCCCAGGUCAAUUAGCCGAAUGGAUGAAUAAAUACGGCGCGACGGUCACGCAUUUAACACCUGCCAUGGGCCAAUUACUAACCGCACAAGCUGUCACUGCUUUCCCAUCCUUGCAUCAUGCAUUUUUUGUCGGUGACAUUUUGACUAAGAGAGACUGUCUGAGGUUGCAAACUUUGGCUGAAAAUUGUUGCAUUGUCAAUAUGUAUGGUACUACAGAAACUCAGCGUGCAGUCUCGUUUUUUGAGGUUAGAUCUAGAUCAGAUGAUCCAUCAUUUUUAAAGCAGUUGAAGAACGUUAUGCCAGCUGGUAAGGGUAUGUUCAAUGUUCAAUUACUUGUCGUCAACAGGAAUGACCGUACACAGAUUUGUGGUAUUGGUGAAGUCGGUGAAAUAUAUGUCCGUGCCGGUGGUCUUGCGGAAGGUUAUCGUGGCCUACCUGAUUUGAACAAGGAAAAGUUCGUUCAGAAUUGGUUUGUUAACGAUGAUCAUUGGAAAACGCUUGACAUUGACAACGGAGAACCCUGGAGACAGUUUUGGCUGGGACCUCGUGAUAGAUUGUAUAGAACAGGUGAUUUGGGCCGCUAUCUACCAGAUGGUAACUGUGAGUGUUGCGGUCGUGCUGAUGAUCAAGUGAAGAUUAGGGGCUUCAGAAUUGAGUUGGGUGAAAUUGACACUCAUAUUUCGCAGCACCCUCUUGUUCGUGAGAAUAUUACUCUUGUCAGGAAGAACAGUGAUAAUGAACCUACUCUGAUAACUUAUAUGGUCCCUCGAUUUGAUGAACCAGAAUUAUUACAAUACCAAUCUGAAGUCCCCGAAAGUGUGGCUUCAGAUCCAAUGGUCAAAGGUCUAAUUGGAUUUAGAUUGCUCACCAAGAAUAUCAAGGAAUUUUUGAAGAAGAGACUAGCCAGCUAUGCCAUCCCCUCGGUAAUCGUGGUAUUGGAAAAGCUCCCGCUAAAUCCAAACGGGAAAGUUGACAAACCUAAAUUACAGUUUCCAACAGUUAAGCAAAUGACUUUAGUUGCUGAGAACUCAACUAUGGAUGUUGAUGAUUCUGAAUUUUCCCCAGUUGAGCGUGAAGUCCGUGACUUAUGGCUAGAGGUUCUUCCAACUAGACCUGCCUCCAUCUCUCCAGAUGAUUCUUUCUUUGACCUCGGUGGUCAUUCCAUCCUGGCUACCAGAAUGAUUUUCACCUUGCGUAAGAAACUGAAUGUUGAUCUUCCACUAGGAACUAUAUUCAAAUAUCCAACCAUCAAGCUUUUCGCUGGGGAGGUCUCAAGGACUAGGGAAUCAUCUACUAAUACCGAAGAAAGCGAGGGUGUGACAGCAGACUACUACAAGGAUGCAAAAGAACUUGUUGAAUCGAUGCUGCCCAAGUCAUACCCAUCCCGCUCUUCUUUCGCCUCUCCUAAGAACGUCGAUAGUCCAAAGAGAAUAAACGUCUUCGUAACUGGUGUGACUGGUUUCUUGGGCUCCUUCAUCUUGGCCGAUUUGUUGAAUCGUCCCAGAGAUGCCUACGAUAUUAAAGUUUUUGCUCAUGUUCGUGCAAAGGAUGAAGCCAAUGGUUUACAAAGGUUGGUUAAAGCUGGUGUAACUUACGGUACCUGGUCAGAAGCAUUUGAAUCCCGUAUACAGGUCGUUAUUGGUGAUUUGGCAAAACCACAAUUCGGUCUUAACGGUGAAGCAUGGAAGAGCUUGACAGAGGAGAUUGAUGUUAUUAUUCACAAUGGUGCUCUUGUACACUGGGUCUUCCCAUACUCCAAAUUGAGAGAUGCUAAUGUCAUUUCUUCUAUCAAUGUCAUGAAUUUGGCCGCCGAGGGUAAGCCUAAGUUCUUCACUUUUGUUUCUUCGACUUCUACAAUUGACACGGAGCAUUACUUCAAACUAUCAGAUGAAUUAACAUCUGAGGGUAAAACCGGAAUUCUUGAAGCAGAUGACUUGAUGGGAUCUUCCACAGGAUUAACGGGUGGUUACGGACAAUCAAAAUGGGCCGCCGAAUAUAUUAUCAGACGUGCAGGUGACCGUGGUUUGCGUGGUUGCAUUGUCAGACCUGGUUAUGUUACAGGUGCAUCAUCAAACGGUUCUUCUAAUACCGAUGACUUUUUAUUAAGAGUCUUAAAAGGUGUGGUACAAUUAGGCAAGAUACCUGAUAUUAGAAACACAGUAAACAUGGUUCCUGUUGAUCACGUAGCAAGAGUCGUAACUGCCACAUCUUUCAAUCCUCCUAGUGACAGCACAUUACCGGUGGCCCAUGUCACAGCUCAUCCAAGACCUUUGUUCAAGGACUACCUAUAUGAACUAAAGAACUAUGGUUAUGACGUCGAAGUUGAAAGUUAUGAAGCGUGGAAGAAGACUCUUGAAGUGUCCGUCAUAGAAAAAGGCGAAGAUAAUGCCCUAUAUCCGCUAUUGCACAUGGCUUUGGAUGACCUUCCAGGUAGCACAAGAGCCCCAGAGCUUGACGACCGCAAUGCUGUUCGUUCUUUGAAAAUGGAUAUCGACUGGACAAAUGAGGAUGUCACUAGUGGAAAAGGUGCUACUCCUAAGCAAAUUGGAAUCUAUAUUUCUUUCUUGAAUAAAGUUCAUUUCUUACCUGCCCCAUCCGGGGUUGGUAAAGAGGCAUUACCGGAAGUGACACUAUCGAAGGAGCAAAUUGAGCUAAUCUCAUCUGGAGCUGGCGCCCGUGGUAGUUCUGCUGCCGCGUAA